AUGACUGCACUCUCGCAGCAGCAAGAAACACGCCUCAUCCACCACUUAGACGCACAGCUCCUCACCCUCUCCCGCUCUCUCAAGCGCCAAACGGCCUCAAGUCAAGAUGCUGCUGCUAGUCUUGCUCUCCUCACCUCUCACAUGACGGGCCUGCUUGCACUGUUCAAGCAAGUCCCAGCUGGUUCUGCAUCGCUUGCUGUUGCAUAUCUCAUGUCCAUAUUGGAUGCCACCAUGGAUCACCUCACUUUAUUGGCACUGCCAGAGGAUACAUCCAGCAUAUUUGUACUGCUGGCCGAGAUGGAUGAUAUGUACAGUGGGCUGAUUCAAGCGGAUCUCGUCACUAUCACUGAAGCAACACGUCUCCGCGCUUUAUUUGGGACAUGUCGAGCAGUACUGUUUGAGAAGCUCGAGCCAAAGACACAAGUCAUCCAAGAGCUAGACAACGAGGAAGCUACAGAGAUCCGACUCGAAGCACAGCUCAGCAACGUCUUCCAGAAAUCCCUGACGCUUCUCAGCUAA